GUGGCGCUGGUUUUCUUGAAUGAUUGUUAUAAAUUCUUAAAGUUUGUGAUAAUAUUUUAAGUAAAAAAAAUUUCUUUCAACUUUUUCUCUCAGUUAAGUUAACUCGUAAAAUUAUUCUGCGUGACAUGUUUCGAAACAUCCAAGUAAGACUAGUGAAGCGAAAAAUUUUCAAUCUUCAUUUUAGGAUAAAAUAAUUGAAAAAUAAUAAAUUAAUAAAAAAAACUUAUUUGAAAAAUGUCUGGAUAAAAUGAAUGAUUGAUUAUUUAAUUUUAUUGUUGAUUAAAAAUCAUGGAGACAGCAUUUACAACAGAAUCGAUGUUCAAAGCGAACUGCAAUCUAUCAAAUACUUCAUCAAUAUUGUCAAACUCAAUUUCAACAACAGAUGCAGCUUAUCGAGUAGCUGGUUCCAGACGAGACGCUUUAUAUGUGGUGCUUCCCGUCACCAUAAUUUACCUAUCUAUAUUUCUCACCGGCACCAUAGGAAAUAUCAGCACGUGCAUUGUUAUUGCACGCAACAAGUCUAUGCACACAGCUACCAAUUAUUAUCUCUUCAGUUUGGCUGUUUCUGACUUAUUACUCCUUUUUUCUGGCUUACCAGCAGAAGUCUAUUUAGUUUGGUCUAAAUAUCCAUACAUUUUUGGAGAAGGAUUUUGUAUUCUUCGAGGGCUUGCAGCUGAAUGCUCAACAAAUGCAAGUGUUCUUACAAUCACAGCUUUUACAAUCGAAAGAUAUGUUGCCAUCUGUCAUCCGUUCUUGUCUCAGACAAUGUCUAAAUUAUCUCGUGCAAUUAAACUCAUUUUAUUCAUUUGGUUAAUUUCUUUAUGUUUCGCAAUACCUCAAGCUCUGCAGUUUGGAAUAAUUGCACAUCCUCAUAUAAGUCCUGAUUUAGUGGUUUGUACUCUCAAGACAUUCGUGAUAAAACAUUCGUUUGAGCUUUCAACUUUUCUUUUUUUUGUUAUCCCUAUGACGCUUAUUACUGUACUCUAUUCUAUGAUUGGACUAAAGCUUCGUAAAUCAAAUGCUAUGAAGAAAAGGAAUAUUGAAAAUCAAGGGAUAAGAAAACUUCCGAAUAGUAAAAAUAGAAGAUGUGAGAGCCGACACAGCACAGGAAAAUCUUCUAGAAGAGUUUUAAAAAUGCUCGUUGCCGUUGUUGUAGCUUUUUUCAUUUGUUGGGCACCGUUUCAUGUUCAACGACUAAUUGCUAUCUAUGGAACAGGUAGCGAUCAUGUAACGUCCAAAAGUAAAUGGAUGGAAUUCCUCUACCUCCUCUUCACAUAUAUUUCCGGAGUUCUUUAUUAUAUUUCGACGACUAUUAAUCCAAUAUUGUAUAAUAUUAUGUCCAAUAAGUUUCGUGCAGCUUUCAAAGAAACAUUGGCAAGAAGCUGCGGUAAUUCAAAGUCAUCCAGUCAACGAGAGCCAAGGUCUUAUUCUAGUCUUUCUCGGUCUCGGCAAAGAGCUUUGGGAAAUUUUGGCUGUAAAACUAUCGGAACAGGUGGUACUAUAAGUAAUCAAGAAAGUUCUGAAGGAUCAGCUUCUCUAAAAGAUAGACAUCUUACUCCAGUUACUGAGCAUCCAUCAAUCCAAAAGAUUGGUCAAUUCAACGAAAAUUCGGAUUUUUUUGUAAAUAAUAAGGCUAAAUCUAAUGAGCAAGAACAAAAGCUUUUAGAAACAAAUAAAAAUGCUCAAACGGAAGUGUUUCAAGAUGUUAGUCAUACUCAAGAAUAUUUACUAGAUGAUCAACAUCAACUACAGAAGAUUCAGAAAAAUGAGAAUGAUAAUAAAUCAGUGUCAAUCAAUGGUGAUAUUAUAAAAAAUAAAGAAACUAUUGGCAAUAUGAAUAACAAGUCCAAGAACUUUGGUCUGCCCUCUGUUAAUGAAAAAAAAUGGUGGAGGAUGUUCAAGUGGUUACCAGGUACUACAAUGUUAAAAUUAACAAAAAGGCCGAGAAAUUAUGUAGAUGUAGUUAUUAGUGAUAUUGAAAGUAAUCGUGAAGAGUAUUCAAUGACAACUUGCUACAUUGCAGGAGAACACCGAUCAGUUUAGAAAAAGCUUGAAAGAAUUUAUAGAAAAAAUAUUUACUUCGAACUAAAAAUAAAAAUAGGAGAAUUUCGAUAGACCUGAUGCACACUAUUACUUUUUUUUAAUAACUUUUGGAGUAAAUGUCAGUCUUCACAAAAAAAUUAUCGAAAUGAUUAAUAAAAAAGUUGGCGAGAAAAAAAUUUAUUCUGCAAUCAAGCUGCUCAUUAGCAUGAAAUCAUAGUAACAAUCAAGAGAAUGAAUCAUUUUUAUUAAAAAUUAUUCUGCAAGUUGGAAAAUACUGUGAUAUUAUUUAAUAAAAAAUUCACAAACGUUAUAAUGUAGGAAAUGAAUAUUGA